UUUAGAGCAGUGUCCCCAGUUCACCACAGCGUUGCGCACAGCUCGCCAAAUACACACAUAGUACAAAUGUGAAAAACUUAGCAAGGAAAACGUUGUUUAAUUCAACCAUUGUUAUGUGUUGAUAUUUAAAAAAUAACAUGGAGGUUAAUACUACGCUAUCAGGACGCAACUCCAUAGACUUGCGCAUUUUAACGCAGAAACUUCUCUCUUCGGCGAACCGGUCCCUGUCAUUUCUGGACAAUGAAACGGAAAGCGUCUCCGAGGAGGAUUUGGACGUGAAUACAGACAUCUAUUCUAAAGUUUUUGUUACUGUGAUUUAUGUGGUGUUGUUUGUAAUCGGACUUUUUGGGAACUCGAUCACCCUGUACACACUUCUGACGAAGAAAUCUCUGCAAAACCUCCAGAGUACGGUGCACUAUCACCUGGCGAGUCUGGCCAUAUCCGAUCUGCUCAUCUUGAUCCUCUGCAUGCCCAUUGAGUUAUACAACUUCAUCUGGGUUCAUCACCCGUGGGCUUUUGGGGAGGCUGUUUGUAAAGGGUACUACUUUCUGCGGGACGGCUGCUCGUAUGCGACGGCGUUCAACAUCGCCAGCCUGAGCGUGGAGCGCUUCAUGGCCAUCUGCCACCCGUUCAAGGCGAAGAGCAUCAUGUCGCGGAGCCGCACCAAGAAACUCAUCAGCGCUAUGUGGGUCGCAUCUUUUCUCCUGGCUACUCCGAUGCUUUUCACCAUGGGGCAGCAACUGAUAAAAGACGAAUUUAUAUGCACCACUAUCGUGUCCUCGAUCACUGCUAAAAGCGUCCUACAGGUGAAUGCCUUCCUGUCCUUUGUGGUUCCCAUGGCAGUGAUCUCAGCAUUAAAUGGUGUUAUAGCCAGUCAGUUGCUGCGCAUGUUUCGCCAGUCUGCUCAGGACCAUCGCAUCUGUAUCAUCGGAGGCAACGCUACCAUGCUCAGUGUUGCUGUUGAACCCAACCGUGCCCAAUCAAUGCGCCAUGGAGUUAUGGUGCUGCGUGCCGUGGUCAUUGCUUUUGUGGUGUGCUGGCUGCCAUAUCAUGCUCGAAGACUAAUGUACUGCUAUGUCACUGAAUGGACAACAGCUCUCUUCGAUUUCUAUCACUACUUCUACAUGAUCACCAAUGUGCUCUUUUAUGUCAGCUCGGCCAUCAACCCCAUCCUCUACAACCUUGUCUCGGCCAAUUACCGGCAAAUUUUUUUUUCCACACUUCGCUACGUAAUCCUGCCAUGCCGCCAUAAGAAACAGAAGCGCGUUCUCACCAGACACUCACUCAGCAUCUGCAGCAACCAGACCUUCUCCACCAGUGUCAUCAAAGAAACCAUUUACUGAAUGCUGUCAAGAUUCAGCCAUUCCAUUCAUUUAUUUCACUCAGCCAAGGAGAGACCGCUGAAGUGAAGAAUGUUUUCAUAUAAAGUUAUUAUUACAAGAAUUAAUAAUAUCCAUGCUACUGAAUCACCAUAUUGAGCUUUUAAACAGUGCAGAACUGGCACCAGAGACGCAUACAAUGUUUAUAUGAGGAAAUGUAGCACAAAAUACACACAAAAAAAACAAAGAACAAUGUGCAGAACCAGUGUAAAUACAAAAAAAGCAAAUGUAUAUCCAGAUGUAUUCGUUGUUUCUCAUUCAGAGUAUAAAAUGUAUAUCUAUGUUGUGCAGCUAAAAGAGUGAAAAUAGAAAAAAAAAAAUAUAUAUAUAUAUAUAUUAUGAAGUUAACAUACUGCAGAAAGUCACUGUUGUGUACACAAAGUCUUUAUAUCCAGCUUAUGUAAUUUACUAACUGUGAACACAAGGACAUACACCAUUUCGAAUUUUAUUUCAUUCACUGGCACACAACAGGGGCUUUCAAAGAAGUGGCUGCUGCAUUGUCAAAGAAGUGACUUUUGCUCGCAACACACAAAGACAUUGUCACCAUUCCAGUGCCUUAGCAACAGUCUAUGUGCAAAAAGGCAGCACUCUCAUGUGCAACUGGAGAAGAAUGCAGGGUGAUGAAAAAGAAAUGAUUCUCUCAUUCUAAGGUAGCUUCAUUUCUACACUGCCUUGUUCUGCAAUUUGCAGAGAGGAGAGAGUCUUCAGAUUGAAAUGAUAGAAUGUCCAACAGGCUCAUUGUAA